AUGGAUUCAUCUUCAUCAGGUCACGCGUUCGAUAAGGCAGAACAGAUCAUUAUCGUCGGUGCAGGCCCCUCGGGGCUGUUACUGGCUCUUCUUCUUGCCCAGAAAAACAUUCCCUCGGUAGUCCUGGAGGCAUGGCCGCAUCUUGACACACGUCUACGAGCAACUCAGUACGGAGUACCCGCAACCCGGGUCUUCCGUCGCGCAGGCAUACUGGAUGAUAUUCGUAAAGCCAGUAUUGCAAAGUUCCCUAGCAUUUGCUGGAGACGCGUUUCUGAUCACCAGAAGCUGAUAAGUCUUGAUCUCUCGCUUGUUGAGGAUGAUCCUGAUCGCAUGACGAUCUUGCCCCUUGGAGAGAUCAUACAGAUCCUAUAUCGGCAUUGCCUUGAGAGGGGAGAGGGAUUGAUUGACGUCAAGUUCAAGCAUGAGGUUACAAAUGUCGGUCAGGAUGACAAGUCGGCCUAUGUUGAUGUCAACAUCAUAGGUGAAGGGGGGGUUGAGAAAGCGAGACUCACUGCUGACUACGUCGUUGGGUGCGACGGAGCAUCUAGUGCUGUACGACGCUCAUUGUUUGGAAGAGAUUGGCCUGGCCAGACACUGCCAUACCGAUUUGUCGUUCAGAACGUCUACUACGACGGCUUCCAGAAACAUAAUUGGGAUGGCGGAAAUUACAUGGUAGACAAUGACCACUGGGGCCUCAUCGCCCGCCGAGGAAAAGGUGGUCUAUGGCGCGUCACCUACGGGGAUCCAGUCAUAGGCUUGACAGACGAAGAGUACCUGGCCCGCCGACCAGCACACAUGAAAGCAAUGCUGCCAGGACAUCCCGACACUGAACAGUAUCGAAUUGAACAGACAAAUUUGUACAACAUACACAAUCGUUGUGUUGAGAGCUUCAAGGUCGGUCGUGUCAUGCUAGCGGGCGAUGCAGCGCAUGUCUGCAACCCUAUGGGAGGAUAUGGCUGCAUGACUGCCGUCUUGGACGUCGGUGGUCUAGCGGAUUGCUUCAUCGGAUACUACCACGGUCUAGCAGACGAAGACAUCCUCGACAAGUAUGCAGAAGUGAGACGGGAUAUCUUUGUCAAAUACGUGGAUCCAAGAUCGAUCAAGAAUCUCAAUCGCGUGGCAACAUCUGAUCCUCAUACUGUGCUGGAAACAGAUAAGUUCUUUGGUAUCUUGAAGGAUCUUCAGAAAGAUGAAGAUGACAUGAAGGCGUUUCUCCUGAAAGUGUCCAGCAUCGAAUACGACUUCACCAAGCAUUACACAAGCAAUCAGAACGAACUCAUCCAGUGA